UGGUGGAAAUUAAAAAUUUUCAAUAUAAAAUAAAAAUUAGUACCUAAAUUAAAAAGUAAAUUAAAAUUACAAGUAGGUAAAUGGAUUAUGAAAGGCAUUUUUGAUUACUCCUGAUAUUUAAAUAAACUUUUCCGGAAAUUAUCCUCGCGAUUUUUUGGCAGAAUAUUGUGCAUAGUAUAUAGUGAAAAUGGAAAUCUAAAAAUAUAAGGGUGAUUCGUGUCGGGAAAGUGAUUUUCAGAAGUGGUAUAAUCCCUUCCAUGGUUUAGUGAAGUGACACUCUCGCGAACUGACCUUUGGAAGCCAACACUUUGUGGCCUUCCUGUUAUGCUAUUUCCUGUAACAAAACACGAAAACCAAGGACAGUCGAAAAUGAAGAGAACUGCAAUUAAAUUAAUUAUAGUAGCAGUUUGUCUAAUUGAUUUCACUAUUGGACAAGGACUGCAAAAUUCUCCGAUAAAUUAUAAAGGCUUCGUUAGAAUAUUUUGUCCGGUUGACAAAUAUUUGGAGGAGCAACCCAAAAAUCGAGUCGACACGUCGAUGAAAUUAACCCUUCUAAGAGCUGAAAUGAACCGAAUUACAACAAUAGAAGGUCCUCCACUUGAUGCUUAUAUCGUAACCUCAGACGAUGAACAUCAGAGUGAAACUGUUCACGAACACGACAGAAGGAGAGAAUACAUAACAGGAUUUCAGGGAAGUUCAGGAGAUGCGCUAGUGACGAUGAAUAAGGCAGUUCUGUGGACUGAUGGAAGAUAUCAUCUUCAGGCUGAUGAGCAAAUAGAUUGUAAAUGGACCAUAAUGAAAGAAGGCCGUGAAGAUGUCCCUACAAUAACUCAAUGGUUAAUAAAUGAAUUUAAUGGUCGCAGAGCUAGGGUUGGAGCAGAUCCAAAACUUAUACCAGCGUUCAGGUGGAAACUUUGGGAAAAACAAUUUGAGAACACAUCGGUGAGUUUGGUGCCAGUUCGUGAGAAUUUGAUUGACAAUAUUUGGAAGGUGGGAAGAAAGGAGUACAGCAGUUUGGCGGCAUUUGUUCUUGAUGAUAAAUAUUCGGGUAAACCGUGGCAGGAGAAAAUAAAACAAGUGCGAUUAGAAAUGGAAUUAUCAUCGGCUGAUGCACUGAUAAUUACUGCCCUGGAUGAAAUUGCCUGGCUUUUCAAUAUUCGUGGCUCUGACUUGCCGUACACUCCGGUCCUCAGGGCUUACACAAUCAUUACCUAUGGGGCAAUUCAUCUUUAUGCUCCACGCAACAAGCUGAAACGAAGUACAGAAACUCAUCUCAAAAUGGAUGCAUGUUACCAUGCAGACUGCGUCAAAUGGCAUAAUUAUACAUCAUUCUGGUAUGAUAUUUCAACAAUGUCUCAGGCUUGGAAUACAGUUUGGCUUCCCGCCCCUUGUGGGUACGCUCAAGGAGCUUCAGCGGAAAUUUUCUUUUCGAUUCCAAGGGAGAAGCACUUGGUGAAACCGUCACCUGUUAUUCAUCUUCGCGCUGAGAAAAAUGAAGUUGAAGCAAAGGGGAUGAGAAAUUCUCACAUUCGAGAUGCGAUUGCCAUGUGUGAUUUUAUGUCUUACAUGGAAGAACAAAUGGAUUACGACACUGAAGGAUGGGACGAGAAACAAGUUGUUAGGGCACUUGAUGAAUUUCGUUUGGAACAAAAUCUGAGUCGCGGUUUGUCCUUUCCCACGAUUGCUGGUUAUGGACCAAAUGCUGCUUUACCUCAUUAUGAACCGUCGAAUAUUUGUCGACGAAUUGGCACUGACUCCACACUUGUCAUUGACUCUGGUGGACAGUAUGAUGAUGGAACGACUGACAUUACACGUACAAUGCAUUUCGGAAUUCCUUCUCCCGAACAAAAGGACGCUUACACGAGAGUUUUAAUUGGAAGCAUACAAUUAUCGUCACUAAUCUUUCCUGAUGAUCUACGAACUGAUCAGAUCGAUGUUCUGGCGAGGGAAACACUUUGGAGAAAGGGAGAAGAUUAUAUGCAUGGUAGUAGUCAUGGAAUAGGGCAUUUUCUCUCAGUUCACGAACCUCCUAUUAGUAUAUCAUACCUUGGAGGAAGUGCAAAUCCAUCCGACUGUAAUAACAUUCGUUUAAAACCAGGAUAUUUUCUAUCCAUAGAACCUGGUUAUUAUAAAGAUUUUGAUUUUGGAGUUCGAUUGGAAAAUAUAGUCGAAGUUGUUUUAGCGGACAAACCCAAACAAUGGGGUAAAAAUUAUUUAAAAUUUCGAGAAGUUACGCUCGUUCCUUAUGAGCCGAAAUUAAUAAACGUGGAGAUGUUGACGUCAGCUCAGCGUCGAUGGUUGAAUCAGUACAAUCGACGAAUCCGAGAGGAAAUUGGACGUGAAUUGAAGCUUCAUUUGAAAGUGAGAGCUUUUAAUUGGUUGGAAAAAAAAACUCGAGUCAUUCCAGAACGAGGUCCUGUCAAUAUGGAUUUUUUUCUUGCGUCUCACUCUAAUUCAUUAAUUCAUGAAAAUACCUACCAGAUACUUUUUAGUAUUUUUAUACUUCAUCAUUUAUGUAGAUUAUUAUUUUCCAUCAGCAGAUAACCACUGGCGGCAUUUUAGAUGACAUUAUUUUAAAGUAAAAAAAAAUUAUUUAUUUUAGAAAAUUCUUUCGGCUGUUGUAGUUAUUACGUCGGCUUUUUUUUUAAUUUUUAUAAUCGUAGUUUUAUGAGAUACAGUUGUAAAAAAUAUUUAAAUAACAGCAAUUUGUUAUGCUAUUAAGAUUUAUUUAAGUUUAUUAUAAAUAAUUUUUCCAAGAGAUAAAAAUAGACUGUAAGAUUUCUGAUUUUGUCCGUA